CUCCAAAAUUCCGUUUUUGUCUUUUGAUGAACAUCCAACUCUGAGCAUCUAUUGCCUCCUCCGCCACCAUUGUUUUCUUUUUUUCUCUCUAAUUAUUCAUUUUCUAUUUAAUGUAUGUUGCACCCAUGAUCACUUUUGAAGCUCUAAACUUUAAAACAAACAAUUAAACAAACAAAUGGCAACAUCCUCUUUUGCUUUCUUUUCUUUGUACUCAACAACUAAGUGCUCUUCUUUAAGAGAGAAUGAUCCGAAGAGCAAUAAAAGUUCAGUGAAAGUGAAUGGAACUUCAAUUCAUGAGCUCUCUAAGUUCUCUAUCAGGACAUCUCCGGCAUUUACUUCGGUGGCUUCGGUUAUUGAAGACCUUAUGGUGGAAAAGAACCGGCAAAACAUACCGACAGAGAAGCGGAUGGUGGAUCCUUUUCGUCAAGGGCUCAUUGUCGAAGGGGGUGUUGGAUAUCGGCAGACGAUCACCGUGCGGUCUUACGAGAUCGGACCCGAUAAAACAGCUACUUUAGAGACACUCUUCAAUUUGCUUCAGGAAACUGCACUCAAUCAUGUUUGGAUGUCUGGUUUGCUGGGUGAUGGAUUUGGAGCCACACAUGGAAUGAUCAAGAACAAUCUUAUUUGGGUUGUAACAAGGAUGCAUGUUCAAAUUGAUGAGUACCCCAUUUGGGGUGAAGUGGUAGAGAUCGAAACAUGGGUUGGAUCAUCAGGUAAGAAUGGGAUGCGAAGAGAUUGGCUCAUUAGAAGUCAUUUAUCCGGCCAUGUUUUCGCCCGGGCAACUAGCACUUGGGUAAUGAUGAACCAAGAGACACGAAGAUUAUCGAAAAUGCCACAAGAAGUGAGAGAUGAAAUCUCUCCAUGGUACAUCGAAAAACAAGCUAUCAUAGAGGAUAUUCCAGAGAAAAUUAUCAAGCUUGAUAACAAAGCAAAGUAUGUUGAUUCUAACUUGAAGCCAAAACGCAGUGAUAUGGACAUGAAUAAUCAUGUGAACAAUGUGAAGUAUGUCAAGUGGAUGUUGGAGACAAUUCCUGUGAGUUUCUUGGAAGAACAUCAACUGGGAAGCAUCAUACUUGAAUAUAGAAGGGAGUGUGGAAGUUCAGAUAUAGUGGAAUCAAUAUGUGAACCUGAUGAAAAACAGGAUGAUGAUGAUGAUUGAUUCAAUGAGUGGCCAAAAAGAUUUACACAUCUCCUCCAAAGCAAAGGGGAGGAGAAGAAUGAAGAGAUUGUGAGGGGAAGGACUACAUGGAAUAAAAAACUCCCCACAGGUCCUUAAUA